AUGGCGACGAUGAAAGCAGAGCAAGAGCAUUACCCUGAAGAUUCAGCCACGAUAGAGGCAGAGCGGGUGGAGAAGGAACUAGACACCGGAGAGAUUUCGCAGCUGUGCAGAGAUCAUUGCGGAGGUAUUUCGGUUACUGAUUGCGUCGGUGACCGGAAAGCAACCGCAGGUUGCCAGGAUCUUGAAGACGGGUCCGGUGGGAAGAAUGAAAAGUGUUCGGAAGUGAAACAACAAGCAGAUCAUUACAGGUCUACCAUGAAGAAGACGAAUUAA